GGCACCCCGGAUCACUUCCUUGCCUGGUCUUAAUUUCCCGCCCACCCAGGAGUCCGCAUUGGGCACUCUGCAGGCCAUAGCACAGCCCCAUGGUAGCCAGGUGGGUGAAGGGGAGCGAGGACGCGCCACUUGCCCUGCAGAAGAUUCCUGACCUACAGAGUGGUCCAAGGAGCCCGAGGAUGGAGGCCAUUCACAUUGGCAUGUCCAGUGCCCCACUGGUAAAGCACAGCAAUGGGGUUGGACUCAAAGCCCACAGGCCCCGAGUCAUGUCGAAGAGUGGACACAGCAAUGUGAGAAUUGACAAGGUGGACGGUAUCUAUUUGCUCUACCUCCAGGACUUGUGGACGACGGUCAUCGACAUGAAGUGGAGAUAUAAGCUCACCCUGUUUGCCGCCACCUUUGUGAUGACCUGGUUUCUCUUCGGGGUGGUCUACUAUGCCAUAGCUUUUAUUCACGGCGAUUUAGAACUCGGGGAAUCUAAUUCUAACCACACGCCCUGCAUUAUGAAAGUGGACUCCCUCACAGGGGCAUUCCUCUUUUCCUUGGAGUCUCAGACAACCAUUGGCUAUGGGGUCCGUUCCAUCACAGAGGAGUGCCCCCACGCUAUCUUCCUCUUGGUUGCCCAACUGGUCAUCACCACUUUGAUUGAAAUCUUCAUUACUGGGACCUUCCUGGCCAAGAUUGCAAGACCCAAAAAGCGAGCCGAGACCAUUAAGUUCAGCCACUGCGCCGUCAUCAGCAAGCAGAACGGGAAGCUAUGCCUGGUCAUCCAGGUGGCCAACAUGAGGAAGAGUCUCUUGAUUCAGUGCCAGCUUUCCGGAAAACUCCUCCAGACACAUGUCACCAAAGAGGGAGAGCGCAUUCUCCUCAACCAGGCCACUGUCAAGUUCCACGUGGACUCCUCUUCCGAGAGUCCCUUUCUCAUCCUGCCUAUGACCUUCUACCAUGUGUUGGAUGAGACGAGCCCCCUGCGGGACCUCACACCCCAGAACCUAAAGGAAAAGGAGUUUGAACUGGUGGUGCUUCUCAAUGCCACCGUGGAAUCCACCAGCGCAGUCUGCCAGAGCCGAACGUCUUACAUCCCAGAGGAGAUCUACUGGGGCUUCGAGUUUGUGCCUGUGGUUUCUCUCUCCAAAAAUGGAAAGUAUGUGGCCGAUUUCAGUCAAUUCGAGCAGAUCCGGAAGAGCCCGGAUUGUACCUUCUACUGUGCGGAUUCUGAGAAACAGAAGCUUGAAGAGCAGUACAGGCAGGAGGACCAGAGGGAACGUGAGCUGAGGAGCCUUCUGCUGCAGCAGAGCAACGUCUGACCCCGGCCGGCCUCCGGGCAUCUCCUAACCAGGGCUCUUCUCAAAAGCAAUGGCUGCCAUGAACAUGGGAUGGGUGGCCCUGCUCCCAAGCCACACAGACGUCCAUGGCCAUCUUCCUCUUUGGUAUGGUAGCUGAAUGAGCAUUUCUGAAUAUCAAAGGAUGUCUUCAGAGUGCCUGGUCAGAGGUGAAUGCUCAAAUUCAGAUUUUUUUCCCCCUAAAAUGGACCUAUGUAUUGGAGAGCUGAGAGUAGGAAGAUUCUAGAGAGCAUUCCUCUUGGAGGGCGGACGCACAGCAGUGCUGAUAGUGAAUGGACAUGUAUGUCUAUUCAAGAACACCUGCUUAUAACGCAAAUUAUUUAUUUAACCCACCUAACAAGGGCGUUGGCGGCUGAGGUCUGAGGUGUAAUUCGCUAUUUGCGUGUCCCACUGUUUAAGGACACACACACUCCUACUCAUGUUCAAGUGCAUACAUUUUUACCUGCAGUGACGGUCAUCCGGUGAUGACCAAAAGCAGCUGGGAAAGCGAGGACUUAAAGCUUGCAGAAUGCAGUUGUCUUGUUUUUUAACCUUCUUCCAUAGACCUUAAUUGCGUGGAGUGAACGUAAUCAAGUCAGGAAUCAAGAGUUCAGAAAAUACGUCCAUCUCAUGACUCUAUGGUCCCCAUCACUUCUUGGGGAAGCAUGUACUAAGCCUCCUUUUCCUUCAGAGUGUCCUUCACAGACAAGCCAAACAGCACCAUUUAGGGACAUCCUGGCAACCACACAUACAGUCAGGUUUCAGCCAGGCACACAGUGUUGGGGUCUCUGAGUAAUGUUUUCAAUGCCGGCUGUCUAGAUCCACAUGAAAAGAAGAGUGUGUGAGCCCCACGUCCGUGUGUCCUCCAGGUCUGCCCUCCAUCCACGUUUUUAGUCAACACACCCAUCUCUUGGCUGUUUCACUUUCCCCUGUGGACAUACCUUGGCCACAAAGGAACUGCUUGGAAUUACUAAUGUCUCAGGAACGAAACAGAUCCCAGAGAGCUGUGACUGCCACGGUUGUGUUAAUUCACAGACUGAAGACUACAGUCACCACCAAAGAAAGCUGG